AUGAACCGCUUUGUCACGCUGGUUAUCCUUGCGUGCUUCCUCACCAUCGCGGCGGCGACGACGACCCGCGUGAAGGUGGCCAUCGUCGGUGCUGGAGCCGCAGGCAUCGGAGCCGGUUACCACUUCCACGAGAAGGGCAUGGACGACUUUGUCAUUGUGGAGGCCCGAGACCGAGUAGGAGGACGCUUGCACUCAGUUCAGUUCUUCAACCACACCGUGGACUUGGGCGGUGCCUGGUUCCAGGGCACUAACGGAAGUCUCCUCUGGGAGCUCAAACAAAAGUAUGAUCUUCCGUGCGCCUACACCGACUUCGUGGACAUGUACACUUUCUAUCCCAACGGCAGCCUGAUUCCUGAUGACGUUGUGAAUCACUACCUCACCGAGUCUGAUGCCAUGUACUCCGAACUGGAAGACGUCGCCGCCCAGAUGGCUGAGCAGGUUACACCGGACAAGUCCCUCAUGGGUGCUAUUGAGGAUAUUGGUUUCCUGAGCAGUACCAUGAACGAAACGGACUACGCUGUCCGGAAUUGGAUGCUCUGGUACUACUUUGGCUGGGCUUACGGAGAACAACUCGAAGGAGUCGGUCUGAGGGCCAUGAUGGAUGAGGGCGACCCCAAGGCGGACUUUGCUGCGGAGGACUGCCUGAACCUGGCCGGCUUCCAGAACCUCCUCAUCAAGAUGUCGGAGCCCUUCCGGCAGAAGAUUCGACUCUCAUCGCCCGUCAAGUUGGUCGACUAUUCCAAUGACAUCAUCAAGAUCACAACGGCGAACGGAGAUGUCAUUGAAGCCGAGAAAGUCAUCAUGGCGAUUCCCGACCACCUGCUUGUCGAGGGGAGCAUCGAGUUCACCCCUGCCCUGCCCACCAUGUUCCCAUUGCUGGCCUCGUUCUCUGGAAGGGCUCAGUAUAUGAAGGUGUUUCUGCACUUCCCGACGUACUUCUGGGAGGCCCUGGGCGACCGGGAGUUCUUUGCCUACACCCACUCGACUGAGGGCUACUUCCCAUCUUUCCAGAACUUGAAUCUUCCCAAGCUACUCCCUGGAUCCAAUAUACUGGUUGCCACAAUUACUGGCGACGAGGGCAAGCGUUUGGCCAACCUCACCGAUGCUCAGAUUCAGGCUGAAAUCAUGGUGGUGCUGAGGGCUAUGUUCCCUGGCGCCCCUGAGCCCGAUGGCUUCCUGAGGAACAGCUGGUGGGAGGAUCCCUACAGCAUGUCUGUGUGGGCUGGGACAAAUAUCAAUGCCUACCCCUCCCUCCGACGUGCAUUCCUCGUCCCUGUUCAAGAGAAGGUCUACUUUGCUGGUGAGUGGGCAGCUGACAAGUACAAUGGGUAUGUGCAUGGUGCCAUGUACACAGGUAUUGAACAGGCCAAGGCAAUCAAUGACUGCUUCCAGACCUCAACAUCAUUGUCAUCUGCUUCAAUGCUCACUCCCCUGCUCUCUCUCUUCUUCUGA